UCUACGCGGUCGCCAAGAAUGGCACAGAAGUCACGUUCCAGAUCAAGGGCGUCAACUGGUUCGGCAUGGAGACGGGCAUGCAAGCACCCUUUGGGCUCUGGGACAACGACCAGAAUGGCACGACUGUGUACGAGAUUGCCAAAUUCCUCGCCAACAACAAGUUCAACUCGGUGCGCGUGCCCCUCUGCGUCUCGAGCAUCCUCGAAAACAAGCCGCUCGAAGCGUCGAUCGUCAACCGCGUCACCAACCGCGCUCUGGAUCUGACGUCGUUUCUGAGCUUACUCCAGACCGUGGUCCAGUCGCUCGGGUACCGCCAGAUUUCCGUCAUGCUGUCCAUGCACACGCUCGACCUCAUGAACCGUGGCGGGUCGCUCUGGUACGGCUCGACGGUCAGCGAAGCCCAAUUCCUCAAGUCGAUCGACAUGCUCACGGCCGCGCUUUGCUCUGACAAGUACUGGAACAUCCUCGGCGUCGACGUCAAGAACGAGCCAUGGGAAGGCACGUGGGGCACUGGCGCCAAGAACGACUUCAAGCUCGGCGCUGAGCUCAUUGGCGCGCGUAUUCUCAAGGGCUGCCCGAAGUGGCUCGUCUUCGUCGAAGGCGUCAACGCCCAGAACGACGUGACGCUCGACGGCCAAGCCUUUGCAUAUUACGACUGGUUUGGCGGCGGGCUCCAGAAGGCCGGCGCCUUUCCGGUCGUCCUUCCGACCGCUGAGAAGCUCGUGUAUGCACCCCACUACUACACGCCGGCGGUGUUUCCGCAGUACUACCUCUUUGGCGGCGGCAAGGUCGGCGCCGGCAACGCGAUCAACGGCUACGUCGAGCUCAGCGACGAGAAGCUCCUGGGGCGUGUGGCCCAGACCAUGCACCAGAUGUUUGGCUACCUCAACGACAAGAAGGACAUGGCGGUCGUCCUCGGCGAGUUUGGCGGCCUCUACACCAAAGACGCGCACCCGAUGAAGACGACGCAGCGCUGCACCGACUUUACGAUCAAGACGAUUCUGAGCGAGAAUUACGCUGGCGGGUACAUGUGGUCGCUCAACCCCGAGUCCGCGUACCAGUACAACCCGGCCGAUACGCCCGGCAACUAUGUCGAAGGGCUUGUGAACGACGACUGGCGGUCGGCCAACCUUCCGUUUUUGAAAGCCAUGCAGGCCAUGGACGCGAUGAAGGACCUCAAGAUGAUGCCAUGCUUCCCGAUCGAGUAGAGACGAGAUCAAAUGCAUCUAUGUUUGUGCUGAGUGGCAUGUCCAAGUCCGCGUGGCUACCGUGGGCGAGCAUGAGCACAGGCCGACUACAGCUUGGGCGUUUGAAACAUAGAGCAUCUUGCAUCUCAAACGUAAUACGAGUCGGAACAGCAUGUUCUCGGGA